CUGGGGUUCAGAGGGGACGCUGGCUCAGCCAAAAGCCCAGAGUUGCACAUACCCUACUUUUGCAACCUCCAGCCCAUUCCUUGCAACUCCCCUUAGCAAUGAACGUGCCUCGCGCGCGGGUCCUCUUCAAUGACCCCUCGCCUUUCGGCUACCCGCGGCUGGACGCCAGAUUCCCCCACGUCACACAGAGGAAAGGGGCGGUGUCUUGGGUCUCGCUGUCUGGCGUCAAGGCUGGCUCCCUGCAGGAGCGGGAUGUGGACGUUGGCUGCGAGUACAGGCCGAUGCUGAGCGGGCAGCUGGUCGGUCGCUUGUUCUCCAUGGCCGGCCGCGUUUGUCUGACCCGGGGCCGCGCGGGAUUGGGGACCGUCGGUCCCGUCGAGGCUGCCAUUCGCACGAAGUUGGAGCAGGCCCUGAACCCCGAGGUGCUGGAGCUGCGCAACGAGAGCCGCGGCCACGCGGUCCCACCGGGCAGUGAGACGCAUUUCCGCGUGGCUGUGGUGAGCUCUCGCUUCGAAGGACUGAGCCCCCUGCAAAGGCAUCGGCUAGUCCACGCCGCGCUGUCCGAGGAGCUGGCUGGGCCGGUCCAUGCGCUGGCCAUACAGGCGCGGACCCCUGCCCAGUGGAGGGAGAACCCGCAAUUGGACACAAGCCCCCCCUGCAUGGGUGGGAGCAAGAAAACUCGAGGAACUCCCUGAACCCCCGGAGAGAAGGAGGACUAGGAUCUGAGUGGGUUGCAUGAGAAUAAACUCCUGGGGCCUACUUUUGCCCAAUACAGUCGUAUUUGUAAGAGAUGAGAACCCCUGCGCCAGUCUACCGGCGCAUCCAUAUACUCUGGAGAUAGCAACUCAUUUUAGAUCAAAGCUAACCCAAGGAAAGAGUAGAAUCACUGACUACUGCUCUUGCCCUGAACUGUUCAGGAAAAGCUGCCCAGUUUCAUGUUAAAUUGUAAGGAACCACAAGACCUGAUGACUUGGAAAUAAUCCUGUAUAUUAAAAGAGAAGUUAUCAUA